AUGUCCGACAGCUUCCCAGAAAACCGAGUUCUUCUCGCGAUCAAUGCGAUUCGAUCAACACCGCGCUUGAGUAUCCGACGCGCCGCAGAGAUAUACAAUGUCCCCAAGUCGACAAUUGCAGAUAGAAUGAAGGGAAAGAUCGCGAAGUCCGACAGCUAUCACGGCCGUUCGAAUUUGACGAAGAUCGAAGAGGAGGCAAUUGAAGAUCAUCUUGCUCGAUGGGUCUUGACCGAGGCUGCCCUCGGUGUUCCACCAACCUAUGCCCAGAUUAGAGAGUUCGCCAGCCGAAUUCUAUAG